CCCCGAUCGGACAAACUGAUGCUCCAGAAAUCACACCUUACAUACCUACAAGUUACGCGCCGUGCCAGGACUAGAACAAAGUAGGUACGCCGCCUCCACGCGUGGUGUUGAGUCACUGUGAGCGUUUCCUGUUUUCGCGUUCCGACCUUCUCCAGUUGACUGACCCCUCUGACUCAUUCAUGGGUUCGCAGGGCUCGCGAGCGUAGAGUACGGAACCGCAAGCGUCAUGUCAAUUAUGCACCCGCACUUAGCGAGUAAAGUCAUGUCGACUACCCUGGAGUAUACUCGUCCCGAGCCCGAAAGCCAUAGAUAAUGGUCAGUGACAAGGAAAUCAGUACGCAUCAAGGCUCCACUAAGCGGAAGGCCGAUAUCGUCCGGCGGGCUGGUGGAUAUGUAACUCCAGUUAGCCGCAAAAGUGGACCCGGACGAACAUCUACAUAUUCCAUUGGCGACCCUAAUGCGAGCGGGUGCCCUAUGCAUCUUUUCUUCAACUGGAGGAUCAUAUCAGCUGAAGAAGAAGACGCCACAAACGUUGAGGUACCUGACAUCCCACCAUCUAGCGAAGCGUCAACAACUUUAUCUUCUGGAAUCGGCGCUACGGACGAGAGAAGUGGAGAGGUUGUGUCCGGUGUUCUCAUUUGCUCGCCUGCACGUCGGAAUAUUGGUGGUGGGGGGACGUCGGUCGGCCGGCUAGGCUUGUGCGGGAAUACUGUAGACUCGUGGCGGUGGUGCUGGUGGGGAGUGGAGAUUCGAGAACCAACUCGUUCGCAACCAUCCGUCGGUGAUUCUCGGCCGGUUCUCCCGCUGCAGGAGGUUCGCAGGUUGGAACUGGUUCGGGUCCGGAGAGUACAGAUUGCAGCCUCGACAGGUUCGCAACCUGCACCAAAAUCACCAGCAUCACCAAGGCUGGAUACUUUCCUCCCGUAUAAUUCUGUUCAGGGCUCUCCUGAGAAUUUAGAGAACCUUAUCCGGCUCGAUGCGGCAGUAGUAGACACCCUCUAGACUACAUAUACAUAUCACGGCUACCAGAGGUGGAGGCUCAAUAUACAUUCUCACACUCCUCUGCUCUUUAUUCUUAUUAUCGUGUUCUUUUUCCACUGUUUCUUGGUCCUUCCUUUGUUUUUUCGGGUGAUCAGCAAAAUCCAGCCACUUUUGCGGCCCUUCGCUUUUUGUUGGG